CAGUGAAAGAGAGUAGAAAGAAAACUAAAGAAAGUAGAAGAGUAAGAUAACUCACGAGAUGUGGGAAGUGUUGCUUCUGGCGGUUGUUAUAUCGUCAAUUUCUCCGAGUCAAGGCCUGUACCAAGUCACUAGCAAAGAAAAUUAUACAAGUUAUGGAAACACUGAAAAUAAGGAUCUCAGUAAUUCAUCCUUCGACGAAAUCCUGGAUAAAUGUCGCCAGGAGAACCCAAGUUCCUCCCGAAGGACCCUGACGCUGUGCCUGAGGAGCCAUGGGGUGACGGCGUGGGAGGAGCGGAGAGAGAGGAGAGCCGUGGAAAGAAACGGGAAAGCAAACUGCGGGAAAAGAUACAAGCUCAUGGCGGGAGCGAAAAGGACCUUCCAAGUCAAAGGAAAUGAGAACUUUUGCAAAGUUUUCUUUGAGCCAAGGGGUAAGGCGGAGCUACAGUUAGUUUGCAGGAAAUUCGACCUCUCGAACUGCGAUGAAGAAUACCUUGAGGUUACUGACCAAGACUCCAAAGAGAAGUAUUGCAAUAACGAAGGACCUGAUACGCGAAAGGGACUGAGGAAAGUGCGUCUUACAUAUAAGAAAGUCAGCGAAGUGAGUGAUAAGCCAAAUAUCCUGUGUGUCGUCAAAGGUGUGAAGGCCUCUGGCGGAGGAGGAAGUAGUGGUGUAACACAGGCUCCUGGAUGUGAUCAAGUGUGUGGGAAGGCUCCGAGCAGUGCUGGGGCUCCGAGGAUUGUGGGCGGGCAAGCGUCGCAGCCCGGAGAAUACCCUUGGAUGGUACGUCUGACUAUCAUAGUUGGUGCCUCAUCCAUCCUCUGUGGUGGAUCCAUCAUCACGUCACUCCACAUUAUAACAGCAGCCCACUGUUUCAUCUAUGAUAGCACUCCUGAGGUAAUAGUCGUAGCGGGAGAACACAACAUAGAAACUGAAGACGAAAGUAACACGCAAGCCAUUAGUGCCAAGAAAAUCACUCUACACCCGAAGUUCGAUGCCACGACCGCGGCCAACGACAUCGCCGUAAUCACACUGCAGUCGCCUCUCGAGUGGACCGACAAUGUGGGACCCAUUUGCCUGCCACCUGACAAGACCUUCGGAGGGAGCGAGGCAGUCAUAACAGGAUGGGGCUUGCUGGACUCCCAGGAAUCGACAUUUCCGGACGAACUACAGGAAGCGGGAGUCACUGUGUUCGAUCAAGGGGAGUGUAAAAGCGCUCACGCUCUCUCCAACUUCCCCGUUACUAAUAAACAAAUUUGCGCUGCCGAUCCUGGACAGAUCGCUUGCAAGGGCGAUUCUGGGGGUCCGCUGGUAACGAAAGAAAACGGAAUUUGGCUGUUGCUCGGAGUAACGAGUUUUGGUCCAGGAGACUGCACGACAGAUGUUCCUGGCGUGUACACCCGUGUCUCUGCCUACAGCAAAUGGAUACUAAAUAAGGUUUCAUCAGGAUCUUGUUAAUGAUUCAGAAAUCCUGGCGAUGUAUCGUGACGUUUUGAAGACGAAAAUCACAACUUUGAUGCGACGUUAACCGAUUAUCAUUGCUCAGAUGAAAAUGUAUGAUAAUGCAAGAUAAACUGGAAGAUAAUUGAUAAUAAUUGGUAGGUGAUAAAUGAUUGGCAAGGGUAGAAAGGAAGCAGAAAACUAUCUAUUUGAAUGCGCUGGUGUUUGCAUUCCAUCUGAAUGUACAAGUUUGUCAUUGUAAAAUUCAAUCCACUGGUUUCUAAGUGCUAGCAAAAAAAGUCUUGAUCUUGGGUUGCAAGGACUUGACAAACACAUCGCAAGUCAAUUUGAAGGAGAAUAAGAAGAGGAAUAUUGAUCAUCGUUAUUUGCCGAGGUCAUAAACCCUUGUCAUCACUGUGUCAAGUUUUAGAUAAUGACCGUUGUGUAUGAUGGUUUGUUGAUGUUAGCAGUAAUUGUACAUAUAUAGAAAAAUACAACGGUUGCUGUUUCUUCUUUUC